AUGAAACUCUUCAGUGUCUUCCUUAUCGUUAUUUUGGCGAUAGCCGGUACCAUAGCUCAAGAUCCAGUUACAACGACAGCUACUCAAACAGCUACAACAACUGCUCCAACUUCUCCAACAUCUCCGACAACACCGCUGACACCACCCACACCUACCACGACUACCUACACCUACACGUACACGCCCACAUAUACGGAGUCAACCACGACCAAACCCUUCAAGCAACAAUUCCUUUCGCUACUGUUCAACAAGAAGUCUGGUUAG